AUCGGGCAUGCCUUUAAAACGGGACCAACUGCCGCCGGUCGGCCGCAAUCCGCAGAAACCGUUCGACCGGAUGCUGCCAGCCAUCGUGCCAGUGUGCAGUGAAAAAUCGUCGCCAGUCGCCAGUUUGCCAGCGUCCAUUGGCUGGUGCGAGCGUGUCCUACCUGCCGAGCCUCAGCAAUCAACUUCGAUCAAUCCAGACUGUCGAGCGGCAACAGCGUGGAUCGCAGCUUCGCGAUCCUGCAUCUGAGCACGCUCCCGCUGCCAGUUUGCGCCUAUUUAUUUCGUGUGUAGAUGUGUAUGUGUGUGUGUAUGUGUGUGGAAGUGCAUGUGAGCUAGAAAAAAAUUAAGUGCAUUUCUUGAAGAUUGCGCCAACUACCGUAGUGAUCGAGUGUAAUCGUUUGAAACGCCAUCGAAAGGACAAUUUAAAUGCAACCGUUUGUAAAGGGCAAUGUUGGGUGAAAUCGGUAUCGAUAAAACAGCAGUUCUGUGAGCAGUUACAUACAUCAUUCGGAAGAAAACAACCCCUCAGCCCGCGCCCACACGACCGACUACCAUCAGCAAAACAACUCGGAGAGAGGGACGAGCCACGUGCAGGAUGGCGAUGCGGGGUGUUAUGAUGUUGUUUUUUCAGGUGCUGAUCCUCUGCUUCCAGGCGAAGGCUUGGCACGCAGUUAGACGAUCGUUUGAGCUGGAGCAGACGACAGCACCGCAGGAAAAGCUACAUCUCAUCACGGACUGUAUGCACGUCACGUCGGAGGAGGGCGAGUUUUCUUUCGUCAAGCUGCCACCGGUAAGAUCGACGUCCAAGCACGGCGCCCACUGGAUGACGCCGGGCGUCGAGUCCGCGGAACGCGCCGACCCGGAUGACCCUUCGCUGGGCGCGACGACCGUGUGCGGCGUGUACUUUGUGGCCGAUCCCGACCAAACCAUCGAGGUGACGAUGAGGCAGGUGAACGUGGACUGUCGCACCGGCGGGCUUAUGGCGUUCGUCGACGGCUGGGAGCUGAACGGGCAGUACUUCCCGGGCGAGCGCGACCACGAGAAGCCGCUGGAGCUGCGGGUGCAGGAGUUCUGUGCCGAGCAGGGAGCGUCGGUCGGGGGCGGACCGUGGCCGCCCAAAACGGUCGCUGCGGCCUCGAACGCUUGGGUGUUUCGCUCGAGCCAGAAUGCGGCCCUGGUACAGUACCGCAUACCCGAGCGUGGUUCGUUCGUCCUGUCCGCCCGAUUCCAUCACAAUCCAAAGCCAUGCAACAUCAUGGCGGAGGGUUUGGCACCGUACUACAUGUUGCGUAACUAUGGCCUGCGCCGGAACUGCACGCUGACUGCUCUGUUCCCGGCCGUUGUAUCCGUCGUCGCCGUGGAGGUGGGAGAAAUCAAUGAAAGUGUCCGUUACUGCGAACGCGUCAGAAUGGAUGAUAGGCUCGAGGUUGGUGGCUCGGUUGGACUGGACCCGUCCUACCAGCUGGUACGCGCGAGCACCAUCUGUGGCCGGAGCCGCGGCCGCGUGGACCUGGACCAGACCAUCCUGUGCGGUACGACCUCGGUGCGGCUGAUCUCUAGCGGGCGGUACAGCAACCAGGCCAUGGUGACGAUGCGCAUGGCCGACGAAUCGGACCUCCAGCUGGCGACGGUGAUCUGCGAGAUGUAAAAAGGGAACAGCACAUGCACACAUACAUACACACACCCAACCACACGUACACAGUUACACAUUCGCAAAUUCCCUUUUACAAUCUGCAAACGGAGAUAACUGGCAAACAGGGUUUUGGACAACAGGAAUAAAGAUACAGCGAAACUGGAGAGAACAGAUGCAAAUGCGCCGUGAACCAUAAAAAACAGAAACUCGUCCACGCACACCAACCAUUAAGGCACAGUUUUAAAAUGUCGCUAGAACUCCCAAUUUUGAAAAAAAAACGCAUAUAAAUACAGAGAGUGUAUACAAUGUCCGAGAUAAACAAACAAAAAAGAAAACAGAAAAUAACGAAACAAAGUAUCAACAAAACAGUAGAAAGAAAUGUGCACUGCGCGCACGCUAAGGUAAAAACGAAACCAAAAAAAAAUCAUGCAAAUGCAAAGAAAUUGUAACUCAACUACUAACCGAAGCACAGAACAUUUUACUCCCUGUCACAUCUGGAACUAUAGGAAAAAAGAAGAAAAAAAAACAAGAAUAACAACAAGGUGAACACAAA